UUGUCUAUUUCAUCUCUGAAAAUUAUUGAGUAUUACGUGGGCCGCUUCCGCUAAGGUCAUUGGACUCGAAAUUCGUUGUCGAAAUACAAAAUUAUACCUCGCCUUCCAAAUUGACGAGGGAAGGUGGAUCUAUUGAGUGGGUACCGUAAGUUUGUAACCGAUCCUCGAUUCUUGCGAAUUUGAUGAUCGAGGCUAGGGUUAGCAAUUGAGGAACUGCUUGUUAGUCAAUUAACUUUCUCCUAUAUUUGAUAAUUCUUUUAUCAUUAUAGCUAAUGGCUUUGGGUAUUAUGAGUAUGGAUCUAUGAGUAAUUAAAAUAAGUAGGAGAACGCAUUCAUAUAUGACAAAACCUAAAAAAUUGGAGAGAAAAUGCAUUUACAAUUUUAAACUUUACGUGCAAAAUCCAAUCAACUACUAAACCUUUCAAUUGAAUGCGAUAAUACUAUAUCCUUUGAGAAAAAAAAAAAAAAAACACGAUUCCCACUUUGAUGCACCUGUGGUAACGCAUGCCAAAACACCUUACCAGUUUGUAACUCAUACCAAAUUUUCCAUUUGCAGAGCUUUGUGUCUGUGCGCGAAUAGAUAAAUAAGGCAUUCACUUGCAAAAAGCAAGAACGAUAUUACUUGUAACUUUUUGUCUGUGGGAGUCCCUUUUUCCAUCUUGCUAGAGCUCUUAGACACGGCUGAGAUCGACUCUUUGCCAAAUGAUCAUGUUCAUUUGGGCCGAAAGCCCAAAUAUAAAAGGGGAACGGACUAGGGUAAAAACGAAACCUCAAAUAUAAAAGGGGAACGUACUAGGGUAAACGACAGCGUAACCCUCUCUUUGCUCCGCCUCCUCCCCCGCCUCGCCCGCCUCCCCCUCCGCUGGUCAAGCUUAAGGUGUUCAUCUGGGUCAACGAUGUCUUCCAACCCCCAAGACCCCCAGGGUCUGUUAUCCUUGGCUGAUUCAACUCGGCGGCGGCGGCGGCGGCGGCGUGGCCGUCGGUCGCUCGAUCAGAGGCGCAGAACCCCUGCUGACCUUGACGACUGUCUUGAAUCUGUUAUAAAGCAAAGGCUGAGCCAGCGAGGUCAUGUCGAAGAGGAUAACGUGGACCAAAUCUUUGCAGAGUUUGAUCUUAGAGAUGCCUUGAUGAAUGAUCCAUCAUUCACCGCUCUACUAGACCUAAAAAAGGAUGACGUGCACAUGAAGCUUCGAUGUUUGCUGACUAAUCCCAACUUUAGCUCAGAGGAAUUGGAGAAGUAUUAUCCUCCCAUUUGUUGGGAUUCAGAAAAGAGUCUGGAUUUUUUGUGUUUACUCAGUGAAAGACUAUCAUGGAGACCUCCAGAGGACAGUCCACAAUAUCGGGCAGCAGAAAGUCGUCGCCAAUCGCUUCGCAGGGAAUUGGAGAGCAGGAAGCAACAGAUUUUUAAUGGGAAAUCGAUUGACGACAUAGAUCAGAACCUUACGCAGGAAUCCCAGUAUGAUGAUGAAUCUGUCAAGGAUUUAUUGCGCUUUGUGCGAAAUAAGUGGUGGCACCGCCUGCAACUUCCGGAGCAAUUCGUUGGAGGGGAUGGCGGGAGGCUCUUCUACGAUUACUUACAUGGACUAUUCCCGGAUCUCUUGAUGGUGUCGUACAGAGCGGCGUCCGGAAUCUGCGCAAAAGAGAGUUGGUUUGCGAAUUUCCGUUGAAGUGAAAACCAUUCCCGGAGUACCUACUUUCCAUGAUUCCCUCUUCAAUCCAGUCAACUGUGCAUUCCACGCUUUUUGUUAUAUCUAUUCGACUCUUUUAUUGUAUAAAUGUAUUCUGUUGGAUGUAUGUAUAGUAUGGUUGUGAUACUGAAUUGUUUUAUAUGUAUAAGGCGCGUUGGGUAACCA